AUGCCUUCAUACGUCAUCACCGGCGUUUCCAGGGGUCUCGGGUACGAGUUUCUCCGCCAGUACUCGAGCGAACCCGAGAGCCUUGUCAUUGGACUGGUCCGCAACAAAGCCGAGACGGAUAAAAAGGUGUCGGAGGACCCUGACCUAAAGACGCGGUCCAACAUCCACAUCUUGCAAGCCGACAUCACCGACUACAACGCUUUGAAGCAAGCCGCUGCCGACACGGCCAAGUUCACCGGGGGCAGUGUCGACUGCCUCAUUGCCAACGCGGGAUACGUGCCAAAGUUUGAUGCUGUCGACGGAAUUGGCGAUUUGGGCGACAGUCCGGAGGAGUUGACCAAGACAAUGAGGGACCUCUUUGAGAUCAACGUCCUUGGCAAUAUCCACUUUUUCAACCUGUUCAUGCCGCUUAUCCUCAAGGGCGAGGUCAAGAAGGUCAUUACCAUUACCAGCGGGUAUGGCGACAUUGAGAUAACCAAAAACUUCGACCUCGAGGCGUCGCCCCUGUAUUCAGUCAGCAAGGCGGCCGCCAAUAUGGUUAUUGCCAAGUUCAGCGCCCAGUACAAGAAGGACGGGAUUCUUUUCCUUUCCGUUUGCCCUGGCGUCGCGGAAGUCGGGCACUUCAGUGGCCUGACGGAGCGGCAGCAGCAGCGCGUGGGGGCCGUAGCCGCCAAGUUCAUGGAGUAUGCACCGCACUGGAAGGGCCCGCAGACGCCGGAGCAGUCGGUGGCGGCGGUGCGGUCGGUCAUUGCGAACGCGAGCAUCGAGAAGGGCAAUGGUGGUGAUUACGUUUCGCACUUUGGCAACAAGCAGUGGCUUUGA